GKUGUAAGAGACUGUUUUUUUCUUAUCGUCAAGAGGGGGCAAUGUUGUGAGUGUAAUUAUCAGGAACCAUAGUGUUUUUUUUUUAACAUUGUGUACAUGUAUAUCAUUGAGCUGAUUAUACUUUUAGCUCAUAUGAUUUGGUAGCUAUGUGAUAARCUUGUCUUGGGAAUUAAUGUAAUGCAAUAAAUACCGUUUUAUAAACCAACAGAGUAUACCAKAAAUUUAGACCAUAAAAACAAGYAUGGCUACCUCUCCUCCWACCUCGAUGGACACCUUGCUUCAAGGAAUGCCUGAGGAAACUGUCCUUCUUGCUCUUAAGAUGGCACAGAUCAUGGAAGGAAAAAGCAAGCAAGAUCUUGAAGCAAUGCUUGAAAAAUUUGARCAACCGAAACCAUCAAGAAUCAAUGAUGACCCAGGAAUUGAUUCUGUGAAUGAAGAUGAAAGCUCUCCUAAGAUGGAUAAUAAUUUGGAAAGGAAGGAGUUGACMGAAGAAGUUGAUAGUGCAGAUUUAACAAGUGAAGAGAAAGAAGCUCUUGUCAAUGGAACACCAAACAGAAAGCUGGAAAACAAUGAUACAAGUAGACUUGACUCACAAAAASACGAAACAAGUAAAGGCAGAAUUCUUCCAGAGAAAGAGAUUGAAAGUGGAGAAGAGCAUGCAAGCCAAGUUGCWGAAAACAGAGAAGAUGGRCGUGGAGAAGAUACCCAAAAUUUUACCAGCAAUCAUGAGAACUCUUCAUAUAUUGCAGAUGAUAUCAAAGGCGAGAUGCAACUUCAAAARGAUGUGCAGAAUUAUGAUAAUGAUGUUAAUGUGGUAUCAMCUGAUGAUGACGUACGUCCAUCUACACCUGCAUCAGGAGUUGGGUCAUCAYUGAGUGAGCUGUCAGCAUCURCAUCAGAYAGAUUAAKCAUUACACAGAAUGRUCAAGGCACUCUUGGUCCUGAUAYACUGACAAAGAACAUCUCAGAACCUUCAUCAUUGYUAACUGAAAAUCAUAAGCCCAAACAAGAUAAAUUGAAAGACUUUUCAGAUUUUUCUAAAAAGAAUAUCCAAGAAGCUUCUCAAGCAAUGAAUAAAAAUGACAACUCUCCUCAAGUUACUCCAACUCACUCAAUGCCAAACYAAGYUCAAAUAAAAYGUYCYACACAUGAUUUUGGUAAUCAUAAGAGUUUUUCUGAUGCUUCUCGGGUUAUAACKUUGGAUCCAGAAUCUUAUAGAGUUAAUUUUAAAAGCUARUCAACAUCACCAAUAGAGAACAAGCCAAAUGACUUGCCACAUGRUUCAACAACACCAAAGCACCAGGCAAGUAAUGCUCAWAGUAAACCAUCAAAAAGGAUAGCCCUACGUGAGCAGUACGAGGAGUUUCCAUCCUUACCUGUAGAAAUAAAAAAUCCUGCACCAGAGCCUACCCAGUCAGACCAGACUUYUACAUCCAUGAAUGAUCAUCCUAAACAAAGAGAGACAGAUCAAGAUGAUUCCGUCUUUAUUACAUCGCCUGCUAGUAUGAUYUCAACUUCAGGCACAGCACAAGAAAUGUCUAAUGCUAUAUUYAGUGCAAAUACAGCAUUACCUAGUAUACCAUUGUAUUAUCAACCACAUAURGUCAUGAAAGAUAACCUACCAGUACUUAUGCUGAAGCCUGUAUGGGCACCCAAUUUAUCCAGUGAACUAAGCCAAUCAAUCAACUUGAAUGGUAGRACCAUGUUGUUUCCUUUAUCUCGUACAGAUGACUUACAUGUAAGUGAGCAAGUCAACAUCACAUCAUUUGACAGCAGUGAGAAAACUGGCGAGAAAGGUUCUGGAGAGCAGAGUGUGGAARAUUCAAGAGAGUCAGAUUUUGAGAAAAAGUCUCCUACAGAAAAGKAUCACCAACAAGAUUGGCCAACUUGGACAAGUGCCUCUGUUAAUGAAGAGAAAACUCCCGUAACAACAAAUCCUUUUCUAGAUGAGAGUGGUGACUCUUCCUCUGCUUCAAGUUCUUCUCCCUCAACUAGAGUGCCCAGAAGUAACUUUGGUUUUCCUUUACCUUCYAGUGAAUAUUUAACAGGGCCCUCUUCAAAUCCAUUCAACCCAGAGGAAUCGGCAAGUGACUCAAGUAAGGAAGGCURAUUAAGGACUGAUUUCAAGACAAUUCCUAAAAGUAUGCUGUCAAGUCAAAUGCACGCUAGGGGCGGCCCUGUAAACCAAAAUAGUACUACCCCCAAAGCAUCUAGGGGACCCCUAGUSAGUCAAAAGAGAGAUGAUGUUAUGUCACCUAGGGGACACCAAGUUGGUCACACAAUUGGUAGCAAAAUUGGUAGUGGACUCCCUGUGAUUCAACAAAGGACUAUGCAACCACAUAUGAAUCCUGAUUUUGAUCCUAAGGGCCACCCUGUAAGURAUCAAGAAGUUGCAAACAAUCAGACACCAAGGGAACUCCCCUUGAGUCAGCCAAGUGGUAUCAUAUCACAACCCCAUGCAAGUCAACAGAGUAAAAACAGAAUGCAACCCUGGCAUACCCCUGUUAGUCAGGCCAAUGGUGACUCACAGCAAAGACAGCAUUUGUCCACUGACUCCAUGGUAACYUUACUAGAAGUGAGCAAUGAUCCUACAGACCAGGCUACUGGAUAUACAAGUCAAAUACCACCAGAUACACAACCCAGCCUUCCUUCUGCAAGGUCAAAUUUUACAACUGCACAUGUGAAAUCAUCUGCAUCAUCUAGCCUUCRCCCUGCAAGUCCUAACUUUACAACUGCACAUGUGACAUCAUCUACAGGGCAUGGCAUUAAUGGUGUAACUGCUGACCCAUGUGUUAGUGCUGUUGUUAACGUUGGUAAUGCUAAUUCGCAGCCUGAGACAAAACCUAAAAUGCCAGGUCAUGUUGCUCCYUAUUGGGUCCCUGAUGAUCAAGUAUUCAAGUGUGCCUACUGUCAUUUGAAAUUCACUUUCAUACGCAGAAAACACCACUGUCGGGGGUGUGGAAAGAUAUUUUGUAARGAUUGUUGCUCACAAUUAGCCAGGCUCAYCUACCUACAAUACCAGAUAGGGCGCAUCUGUAUCAUUUGUACAAAUGUAAUAAAAGCCCCACCACAAAGCACAGCAUCAUUUCAACCUUUACGCAUGUCCCAUAAUCAUGCCGUUGCCAUGGCUACACCUUCACAGCAAGCCAAUACAACUGCAACAUCAAACCCCAUCAGCCAAUCAGAGAGAAGUGCWUUCCAUAGAGUUCAAGAAGAUGCAAGUACACCACAUAAAAAUCCACAUGAGUCUUCCCGAACCAUGAACCAAGCAGACAAACAAGAUAGAGGUGUUGACUAUUCUGAGUAUAAGCUUCCAACGCGACCUGCUGGUAGAAUUGUGAGCUGGAAUGGACAGAGCUUUGCCAGUCGAUUGCUGGCUCAAGACAGGAGGAAGGCUUUGGCCAGAGAUUUGAAAGAACUUCCUCAUGGAGUUUGUAUGCAAUUAUCAGAUGAGCUAAAGGUCAAUGUACGAAAGAUAAAAGUUCAAAGUAGUCCUCUCGUYCAAGCAUGGAGUUGCCAUAGUUCUGGUUUGAAGGAAUUUAACCAACAAGAAAUCGCCAUGCAUUUUAAAAUCAAAGCAAAAGAAGAUGUAGUUCCUGAAGAAAUCUUAAGGAUGUAUAAAGUGAUAUUGGAUCUUGUCAAACUUGGAAACACAUUCCACCACAGUAAUUUUCUGGCAUUCAAGAGUCCUUUUCUGGGAACGUCUGACAAUGCUGCRCURAUWUUUGCCAGUAGCUCAUUAGUGAGACAGCCAAAAGCGUUUGGAGAGUCAAAGCCAAACCGGCUUUACUCAAUCCUGGUCAAGAGAUCGGAGUUGGAAUAUGCGCAGUACACUCCCACAAGAUUUCUGCUCAGACUAGGACAAGAGUUUAAAAGCUUUCCAUARCCUUUMUUGAAUUCACGUGAUCGAGCGCCAGUGUACGAUGGUGUCGACCCGGGUGAUACGAUAUACAAUACGUGUGUCGCUUUGAAUAACCAUUUGAAAAACAGUCUCCCAGAAGCAAUUAUUCCAGGGCUUACAGUUCUUCAAGAGGACUCGAAAGUUGUACUACAAAUCACAGUGGAAUCACAGGCAUUGGUCCUGAAUUUCUUUGAUCGUCUGAUAGUGAAAACKAAUCAAACAGCGACCAUCCCCCUGGUAUCCGARCUUACWACCAAUGUCGACCAAUACAGGGUMUAUCACCAGUCUAUUCACACCGACGAGAUAUCGCUACGUAAACAUAUGUCAUUGUUUCGUAACCCCAUGAACCCGACCCAUCAUGGCGUGCGGUCAGUAACUGGUCUUGGUUUUCUUCUCCUUCUUCURGGCGAUAACGAAUCCCCAGUGCUAGAACAAAGAGGGAAGCUUGUGGACGAUGGCGCUAUUGUUCGUCUUACGGACAUUCACACUCAAAGGUUAAGGCAAUGUCUACACGAUCGUAGCAAUUGCCAUUUUUACCUUGGUGACCAGUUCGAAAUGCUGUACUUUGAGCUACGCUGGCUCGAGGAACCUUGUUUACAGGAAACGACCAAGGAGUCURGGGACAAAUCUACAACACAGGAAUCCCAGAAGGAGUAUCCUGGAACGGCAACUAUCGARGUUAGACAUUCAGGUCAACCGUCUGAGCUGAAGAAAAUGGCAGAUGCUAGGCUGGGGGACGUWRUGAUUUUAGCUCGUUUGUUGGAACAGCGAAUUAAGCAAGCUAGUACAGAAGCUCUUAUGAUGCAAGCGAAUCGGAUGAAAGCUGGCGAGACCAAGGAACUCGUGUUGAAAUUAUCAAUACGAAAUGGGCUUACGAAAUGGUCGAUAGGUCCAGCUAACCAGCCAAUGGGYCUCAUACGAUCGUUACAGAUGGCACUCUAUGACGUCAGGCUUUCCGAUCUCAAYAACUCUUGUCUGGAUCUCAGUUUUGACGUAACAAUCAUCAAACAAUUCGACCUGAUCGCUGACCAACAGGAGAAAGAUCUGUGAAAAACUAUUUUGCAGGAUAGUGUAGAAUAACUAUAUGGUAGAUUGAAGGCUUUAAUUCCGUGAGCCUUAGACGUCAUUUAUACGUAGCCAGAAGAGAGAUUUAGAUUCACGUUUACUGCAAACGCCAAACGUCAAAUUGGUUUUUAUGCUUUGUCUCGAAAUUUCGAACAAACGUAAAAAUAAAAUGCUACGAAAGGAAUAGCGGUGCGCUUAUGCACGAAAAAUGAUCUUUUUAUCCACAAUCGCGAAAGAACGGGGCGUUAAUAGAGAAAAACGAUCAGUUUUGACGUUUGGCGUUCGCCGUAAACGCGAAACUAAAACUCUCUAGUAUCAUAAAAUGCAGUCACUUUUCUUUACAGAUUUGCUCGUCCACGAAUUUCCGGAUUUACAUAUCUGUUCGUUGUGUCUUAAGUUUGACUUAGUGUGCCUUUCGUAAAUGUUAAAAUUCUGUACACCACUAAAUCCUUUCCACAAGAUAUUUUGUACUCCUCUGUACAGCCGUACAAAAAUAUUCAAGACAACAUUUCGUAAAUUUUGAGGUGCUGUACAACAGUAAGCCCCKUUCCACGACAUUUUGUAAUCCUCGCCUAUCUGAUUGCUUUUACGGCUUUAAUUUGUUAAUUGUAAUAACAAAUUUUAUCGUGUAAGCUUGUAGAUAUAGAAAGAAUAGUUUAUUAUUGAAGAUAUAUUUAAUUGAUAGUGAACAUAAAAGACGGACAUGUUAGUGUUAAAAACACGAUAAAUAACUAGAGUACAAACACUAAAACUGUGCAACAUAAAUACCACUAAUUGAAUACUGCUAAAAUAUGCUAAAUUUAUUGUUUUCUAUUGUUUAAUUAACACUAUUUUGUAGGAAAUAGUGGAAAGUGUUGCACACAUUUAAUGUUUGCACUCUAAAAAGCACUUGAUAAAAAAUCGCUUGAAUUCUUCAUAAACUUAAAUCAUUAUUUAGUAAUUGUUUCUUMCAUUUGAUUGAUUUUAUCGGCGCGUUUUAAUACAUUACAACAUAUUAGUGUCUUUAUGAAACAAUAAGCCGAACCAGUCAAAGUUAAUAUGCAUUGUCCUCUUAAUUAAGAGAUGCUCCACGUAAAAACCAGUAAAAGAGGCUGCGAGUAUCGUGAAGUUUACUUGCAUGGUAGACACUGACAUUAUGAAUUUMCACUGGAAUUUUCACUGGAAAAAAUCGCACAUUUGUAAAUUCGAUGUAAAUAUGAUGUAAGUGUCCAAAAUGAUGUAAAUUUAUCAUUUACACCAAAUUUACAUCAUUUUGGACACUCYCAUCAAAUUUAAAACCUUUAGAAUGCGCGAUUUUUUCCAGUGUUUCUGCAAACGACACUCGAACGAGCUCAACGCUAUUUCGCUAUUUUUCGUAUUCUUCGUGUGCAACCACAUGACCAGGAAUUCCCUGUGAAAUAAAACAAAGCUAUCGCCGCCACGUUGAAUGAAUGAACAAGAGAAAAUAAUGAGAAAUGCUUUGUGAUUUUCAUCCAACAUGGCGGUGAUGACGUAACUUACACGCCAAGAAUUCAUAGCUCAUCAAAAAUCGGCAUUUUUCGGACAUUUUCGUGGUCUGUAGCACCUGCAUUUGUAUCUAAAAUCCAUGAUUAUUGUUAAUUUUGGUGGGCUAUAGUCAAUCAUUUAUAUUAAAUUAACAAUUCAGUUUCGGUCAUUUUGGUGGGCUAUAGCCCAUGCAUGUACAUCAAAAAUCGGUUGCUUUUUUUUUGGGGGGGAGGGGGGCAUUUUGGUCAUAGGCUAUAUAUGCAGGUAGCCUAUACCAUGUUCCUUAAGCUUCCAUUUCAUUGGUUGGUUUCUUCAUUCGGUGUCGUGGACUACGGGGAGUCAAAAAGUCCAUGCAGCCGCACAAUUUGUCUCCACGUUUUAUCGACUAUUUAUAUUGAAUUUAUUAUUGUACUAUGAAUUAGGAARCUUUAUUGGUACACUAAAUACAACAAACUAAGAAGA